GCCACACUUGCGCUCCUCUCCGAGUUGUCGUCUCCGUCGCUGCUGGCUGCUGCGCCACUCCCCCAGCCCCGAGAUCUGCUCAACAAUGGCGACGCGGCGCCACAUCCUCCUCCUCGCCGCUGCCUUCGUGUCCCUUCUCGCGCUCGAGGCUGUGGAGGGCCUCGAAGAGGGGCCCCGCGGGCGCCGGCUGCUGGUCCUGCUGGACGACCUGGCCGUGCGGUCGUCGCACUCGGCCUUCUUCGGCUCGCUCCAGGCGCGCGGGUUCGAUCUCGAAUUCCGCCUCGCCGACGACCCCAAGCUCUCGCUGCACCGCUACGGCCAGUACCUCUACGAUGGCCUCGUGCUGUUCGCCCCCUCCACCCCACGUAAUCGUUCAUUUCCUGCCUCGCCUGUUGGAGAUACGAUCUGUGUUUGUCGGGGUGUUCUGGUGAUAGAUUGGACGGGAAUAGAGAUCAUUUGUUGCGGAGUCUGACUGCUUUUCUGAUCUGAUCCGUGCUCGUGGAUUGGUGUGGUUCUGUGAUAUGUUGCGGGUAGGGGCAAAUUCGGGAUUUUCGGAGUACAGUUUCCCGUGACCGGAGGAUUCAUGCAACAAGGCUCACCUGAAAAUUGACCGUGGUCAGUUUGUUCUAGUUGAAAGCAGCGGACCUUAGGGGUUUUGGUGGAUCAGUGGACCAGAACGCAGUCCUUGAAUUUAUUGAUGCUGGGCUUGAUAUGAUCCUGGCGGCAGAUUCCUCUGCCUCUGAUCUUAUUCGUGGCAUUGCGACAGAGUGUGGGGUUGAUUUUGAUGAGGAUCCAGAGGCAAUGGUUAUUGACCACAUUAACUAUGCCGCUAUGGAUGUUGAAGGCGAUCACACCUUGAUUGUUGGUGAUGAUCUUAUUCAGUCAGAUGUCAUACUGGGGUCUAAAAAGAUUGAGGCUCCUGUAUUAUUUCGUGGAAUUGGACACACGGCUAAUCCAUCAAACAGUUUGGUUCUGAAAGUCCUAUCUGCCUCUCCAUCAGCAUACUCAGCUAACCCAAAGACUAAGUUAUCGUUGCCUCCAUCGCUUACUGGGUCAGCUAUAUCACUGGUUUCGGUUAUGCAGGCAAGAAAUAAUGCUCGGGUGCUGCUAUCUGGAUCACUUGAUCUUUUUAGCAACCGGUUCCUGAAGUCUGGUGUUCAAAAGGCUGGUAGCAAAACGAGAUACGAGAGAGCUGGAAAUGAGCAAUUUGUGACAGAGACAAGCAAAUGGGUCUUCCAUGAGAGGGGGCACCUUAAGGCUGUUAAUGUUAAGCACCACAAGGUUGGGGAGACCAAUGAACCAGGCAUGUACCGCAUUAACGAUGACCUGGAAUACUCUGUUGAGAUCUAUGAAUGGUCUGGAACAAGCUGGAAGCCAUAUGUUGCUGAUGAUGUGCAACUCCAGUUUUUCAUGAUGAGUCCUUAUGUUCUGAAAACUAUGUCGAAUGACAACAAGGGUUUAUACUCAACAUCCUUCAAAGUUCCUGAUGUCUACGGAGUUUUCCAGUUCAAAGUUGAGUACCAGAGGCUGGGAUAUACUGGUUUGUCUUUUACAAAGCAGAUUCCAGUGCGCCCUUACAGGCAUAACGAGUAUGAGAGGUUCAUAACAUCAGCGUACCCAUACUACACUGCCUCAUUUUCAACGGUAAGAUCUGCCUCCAUAUGCUAUUCAGUAGACGUGAUGAAGAUGUUCUUGCACCUUUUACAGCUUCACCUCCAUAUGAGCUUUAUCAUUAAAUUCACUUGCGUAGAAUGUGUUAUAGGUAGCCUUGUUUUCCUUACGGCCUAAUUUCAAUAUGCAUUGGGAGCUUUCAAUCCACAUGUACUAUGUAUCAGCACGUCGUUUCUUCCUCGUUGCAGAUGUGUGCUUUCUUCAUAUUCUCGCUUGUGUACCUGUACCACAAAUAAAGGACUCACGGGAGCGCACAAGUUUCUGGAGGCUGCUGAUGCGACCUAGAUCUGUGGCCAAGUGUUACCCGGUGCAAUUUUAUGGAAUCAUAUAUUUGUAGUAGGCCAACUUAGCUAGAAUUAGACGACCGUGACCGCAAUCAUGGGAAAUUUACUCGUGCUAGUAGGAUGUUCGAUCUGCCCCACAAAUUUUUUUUGUUCGGAUCCUUCUGAUCAGCACUUGUGAAAACGUUUACAGUCUGUAGCAUUGAAAGGAUGACGAAGCAUGUAGUGAUUUUGAAACUACUGCUCUUGCUCA